GUCUAGGUUUUUAUUUUAACUAUUAUUGUUUAUACAUAUAUACGCAACAGAAGUAAAUCAUUUGGGAAAAUUAAAAAAAAAACUAUUGCCUGCCUUUACAGACAGACAGUCAGUUUGCCGACAGAGAUGGCGUAGGUUAGGCUGAGUACAGGACUCCAAGAAGGACUACUCUGUGCAAUAAUUCAUGACGCUGAUGCAUUAUUAUAUAUUUAAGAAACGCUAUAGCUUUUGAUUAAAGACUCCGGUUGGCUCUGAAACUAUUUAUUGGUGCAUAAUCUAUGUCUGAAACUACUCGGGUGAAAAUAACCGAUAAUACAAAUAAUUAACCAACACAUAAUUUAUUUCGCACCAAUAUAUAAUUUAAAUAAGAUGAGAUCAAAAUAGAUGCAUAGAUAAUACAAACAAAAGGUGUCGCGCUCCGAUCCGCGGGUUUUUAAGUUCUGUGAGACAAGACUAGCCCAGUUUGUCUUUGGUAUCCGGCACAGAGCAGACAUAAAAGGAGCACUUCAAAUAUUCAUUACAUUUGUAAAAGUUUACGUACUUGGCAUUUAUAUUGAUAGGUACGAGACGUUCAAAUAAAUUCCGACGUACAAAUGCCUGCAGCUAGUUUUGGAUCUAUAUUAGCAAGUACCGUAAAAGAUGACUGUUCUAUUAAAAAUGUUUGGAAUCACAAUCUUCAUGAAGAGUUCCAUGUUAUUCGACAGAUAGUCCAGAAAUUUCACUGGGUGGCCAUGGACACGGAGUUCCCCGGAGUUGUAGCAAGACCAAUUGGUGAAUUCAGGUCUACAGCUGACUACCAGUAUCAGCUCUUGAGAUGUAAUGUAGAUCUAUUAAGGAUUAUACAGUUAGGUCUUACAUUUAUGGAUGAAAAUGGUAAAACUCCACCAGGCUGUACAACUUGGCAAUUUAAUUUUAAGUUCAAUUUGCAGUCUCUUAGAGAAGAUAUGUAUGCACAAGAUUCAAUUGACCUGCUGCAAAAUUCUGGACUUCAAUUCAGAGAGCAUGAAGAGCAUGGAAUAGAACCUCUAGAGUUUGCUGAACUGCUUAUGUCUUCAGGUAUUGUACUCAUAGACAACAUCAAUUGGUUGAGUUUCCAUUCUGGUUAUGACUUUGGAUACUUAUUAAAAAUCCUCACAGAUCAGAAUCUGCCACAAGAAGAAAAUGACUUCUUUGAAAGCCUAAGAUUGUAUUUUCCAACAGUUUAUGAUGUAAAAUACUUGAUGAAACUUUGUAAGAACUUGAAAGGUGGAUUGCAAGAGGUAGCUGACCAAUUGGAACUGCGUCGAGUUGGACCACAGCACCAAGCCGGAUCAGAUUCACAUUUAACGGGAAUGGCAUUUUUUAAAAUUAAGGAGAUAUUCUUUGAUGGUAAUAUUGAAAGCACUAGUGGACAUCUAUAUGGAUUGGGAGCGCCAUUUGCCAGCAAUGUUAACAACUUUCAAGACAAUAUGGAAAAUGGGAAUUCACCUUGAUGAGGAAAACAUGUGUGUAGCACUGUAACAGAACUGCACACUACCAAGUUAUUGUCUCAAUUCAUGGAGAGAUUAAAGCAAAACAUUGUAUGUUUGUACCUGAUUAUGUGCAAAAAUAGAAAAUAGUAAUUGUUCUGUGAUAUUGUGUGUGGCACCUAUACACUGGUAAGGCUCGUAAAAUAUUCCUUACUGUGUUCUUUUGGAAUAACUAUCUUCUCAGUAUUUUUGCCUUACCAUAUGAAUGUCCAUUACUUUUGGAAGCAGAAGCCAGAUUGGUGAUAUUCUAACUUUAUUAUGUUGGACCUAAAAUGUUUGUUUGGUUUACUCUCUCCAUUUUCGAACUAUCACGCCGCCGGUACCCGCAGACCAAAAUAUCAGAUCUCCAACUUAUUCAUUAGAUUACUAAGACCACGAUCUGUUCAUAUAUUUUUAUAAAAUUAAUAAAAAAUCGGAAGUUUAUGAUCUAAGUUUAGAUUUAAAGUACUUGUACUAAUAGUUUGUUAGUAAAAGGAAUAUACUUGUACAGUUUACUUAUUUUGGAAUCUCAUCAUACUAGACAUUCUCUUUGACAUUACUCUAAAAAUAGUAAAUGUAAUGAGAGUAAAAGCAAUAAAAAUAAUGUCGCCAUAAUUAGCUUAUAAAGCAAGUAAGACAUGUUUAGUGUAGUUAUCUAGUACUGCAUUUAGUGAAUAUUUUUAAUAUAACAAAGGAGUAAGUAAUAAAUAAGAAUUGUUUUAAACUUAUAAAAACUAUGUGAUAAUUUAAAACAAACGUUCUUGGAUUCAUAUUAUUAUUAUUUGAUUUUAUGUUAUAGUUUGCUGAUGUCUGAGCAGGAUAUUUCAGUUCAAAGACAUUUAGCCCUGGCUAGUCAAAGACACCAAACUAGUAUAUGAAAUUUUCGUACAAUAAAGAAAUUGAUAAAUAG